AUGGCUAACAAGGCCGGCGCGGAAGCAGGGCCUUCGGUCGGCGCGCCCGGCCGUGAUGGCAAGCGUGGGGGGCCUGGCGGGCAGCGUGUAAAGGAAACAUCCAAGUACCGCUGUGUAUUGGAACUGGACGUUGGACGCACACGAGGCAGCGACGCAAAGCAGCAUGUGUUCUGCUUGUACUUCGCGAAGGGCUGCUGUAGUCAGGGCUCAGCCUGUACCUAUCUUCACCGACUGCCGACAGCCGAGGACGAGGCGUACGCCGUGAGGGACCUAUCCGCGGACAUCUUUGGUCGGGAGAAACGGGCAGAGAGCGAGGGCUACCGCAGCGGUGCAGGCACACUUGACCGUGACAACCGCACGUUGUACAUCAACUACGAGGGUGCCGGGGCGUACGAGCUGCCCAAAUUACGGCAGCUACUGGACGCGAACUUCAGCAUGUUCGGUCCGGUUAAUAACAUUUACAUUGUACACAACAAGACCAUUGCCUUCGUCCGGUACGACUGGCGCAGCAGUGCGGAGUUCGCCAAGGAGGCCAUGCACAAGCAGAGCCUAGUGGGAUCAACGCUAGGUGAGGUUGUCACCGCGCGCUGGGCCAACGAGGAUCCGAACCCCGUGGCGGUGCUGGCGCAGAAGCGUGCGUGCGAGGAGGCGUUUGGUCUUGCAGUUAUGUCGUCCUUCGACGCGCUGCCGCCCGAUCAGAAGCAUGCACGUGUCAUGGAGCUCCAGCUGCAGUCCGCACUGCAGCGUGGAACCUCCAUCGGCGCCUACCCGAGCACCGACGCGCAGUUUGAGGAACGCGAGCGCCAGCAGCGCGAACUCAAGCUCCUCCGCCAGCAACAGGAGGACACAGCAGCGGCUGGUGGCGGGAAUGGAGGAGACGAUGACACCCCGUACGUUUCCACCGACAUUUACGAGGAGCAGCAGCGGCUCAUCGUGCAGCGGAAGGAAGCCGGAGGGCUUUCAGGCUCAGAGGGGGCGCCGCGGGCAAAGGAGGCCGCAGACGCGGCUAUGGCGUCAGCUCAUCGGGCGGUACCAGAACCUUGGGAUUACAACGACGCGAUGGUCACAGCAUCGGGCGGGGCUGCUGGGGACUUCCACGGGGCCGCAGCUGCCUCCGCAGCCGCAGAAGGGGCUGGUGCAGGGGCAGUCGGUGAGGCGCCUGAAUGGGAGCGCGCAUGGUGUGACCCUGAGCUCCGCGAACAAAUGCGCAACAACCCCGAGCUGCGAGAACGCAUGCGCCGCGCUCGUAAUGAGGAGGUCUACUGGUCAGCAUACCGGGCCCACUACUCGGCCUAUGCCAACAGCUACGGGCAUCACACAGAACAGGAGCAGUCAGGGCAGCAAGAGCAGGAAUUCGUGGCACAACAGCAGUACCAGGAGCAGGGGACUGGGUAUUCCUGGCAGGGUUAUGAUUAUUAUCAUGGCUGGUACGGAUAUCAGCAGGGGGUAGCUGGAGCUGCGGUCCGUCACUACGGUGGCGUGCCCAUGGAUGUCGACCAGCAGCUGCUCCAGCUCAUUCAGACGUUGCGGGGAAGGCCAGCGGCCAUGGAGGUCCGCGCUGGUCAGCCGCGACAGGCCGAUGGCGCGGGGGACGGAGGAGCAGCGGCUGCCGGGCAGCCGCAACAGCAGCCUGCAGAGGCUCCCGUCGGCGGAGGCCGGCGGUACAUGCAGAUGGGUAUGCUCGCACCUGGCAUGAUGCUCUUCGGCGGGACGCCACCGGCAGCCCAAGCGGCUGCGGCUCCCGCCCCGCCCCCUGCAGCGCCGCCGCCUUCUGCCAUCCCUGAGCCUGACGCCCAGGCAGCUUCACAGCUAGGCGAGAUGGGCUUUGGCGAGGCCGUGGUGCGCAAGGCCCUGCUGCUUCACCGCAAUGAGAUGGAGGCAGCGCUCAACUGGCUGCUGCAGCACGGAGAGGACCCGGCGGCAGCGGAACCUCUGACAGAGGAGCAGCUGCGCCAGAUUUACAGCCGUGGGCCCCGUGGGCCACCUUCGGAGCCUGAGCUAGUGGAGCAGUUGGUGGCUAUGGGCUUUGACCGCAAUCAGUCCACGGCAGCGCUACGCCGCUUUCGGAACAUGGACAUGGCACUGGCGUACCUGCUUCGUGCAGCAGACGAGGGCGGCGACCAGCAGCAGCCUGGGGCCGCGGCAGAGGGAGGCGUGGGCGCAGCAGCAGUGGCGAGCGCGCAGCAGUCGGCUGGCCCUGAAACGGGUGGCGUAUCGCUGGGUGAUGAUCAGGGCGCACAACCUGCGGUGGCUGCAACAGCAGUCAUGGCAACGGAGGAGGGAAGCGGUGAAACUAUACAGACGCGUGGUGGCCAGGUCGGGGGAGUCCGCGGCUCAGAGGGGGGCGAGUCAGUUGACAUCCCGGAGAUGGCCAUGUCAGAAGGCGACGACAACAAUGUGGACAUGCUGCUAAGCGGCCGCAGCGGACGGAAUAUUGCGGAAGCAGGGGAGGCUCAGCGGGCUGAUGAAGGCGCUGCGGAGCGCGGCCAGGCUGGAGGAAGCGGACAGCAUCGCGGCGGCGACACGAUGGCCUAUGCGCAGGACAUGGCCGUAGAUGGCGCAGACGACGAGCAGCGUGGCGACGCCGAAGAGGACGACGAUAUGGAUGAGGACGACGAUGAUGACGAUGAUGGCGAUGAUGAUGGCGAUAAUCAUCGCCAUCAUGACGAUGACGACGACGAUGACGAGGACGACGACGACGACGACGAUUUCACUGGUGGUAGCCUUGCCACUGUCCUCCAAAUGCCGCUGCGCGGCGCCGGUGGCUUGGGGCCGGAUGACCCCAUGGCGGCCAUGGCCGCCUUCGAGGGCCCCUUUACGCUGUACGGCGGCGCGCCCCAUGGCGUCGGGGCGACUACUCCCGCUAUGGCUGUGACGCGUGGCCCGGAUGGCCACGACUUGGUGCUGGGGUCUACAGGCACGACCAUGCCGCCACUGAUGCCCGCACGCGGCAUGAUGCUGGGCGGUAUCACUCUGGGCGUUGGAGGUGCUGGAGGCGGGAUGGGCCUGGCACCUCCUCCCAUGGACCUACCUGGUCUGCUUCAGGUCGGCGGGCCGGGUGAUGACGAGCUGGAGAUGCGGGGCAUGGGGCUGGUGCAGCAGCUGCUGAAUGCGGUGCUGCGGGACGCGAUGGGCGGCGGCGAGGGCCCCGGCGGCGCCGCUCUGAACAGGCGAUGA